AUGAAUGACCAGUCGUGUGGACAGCAAAAUCGCGAAAGACUGCAGGAACGGCAUACUUCCGGGCCCAAACUACAUUUGAAUGUGCUCGACCUUAGGUCGAUUGUCGAUGAGAAUCCAGAGAGAGAUAGAAAUGAUAGAGAGCCUUCAGCUGAGCACGGCAAGGCAAAUGUCAUUUCACGAGGUCGCCAGGUAGGAUCGACUGCGCAGGCAUUCAGCAUCUGUGCGCAAUUCUGCACCCCGAGCGUUAGCCAUGUUGAAUCAUACUCUGCCAUGGAUAGAGCGCGAGUGAUUCAGUGUCUCAACUAUUAUGUCAAGUUUUGUGGACCAAAUUAUAUCUGGCGGAAGGAAGUGAUCACGACCGGUACAGUUCAGGCUUUCGCAAAGGACUUUUUCCAAAUGUCAGUGGCCGAGCCUGUCUUCCUCGAGAGCAUCCUCGCGAUAUGCCAAGCGGAUUUUGACCUCCGUUCUCAAACGAGUUGCCAACCGUCCAGAGCUACGCUGCAACAUCGUUCCAAGGCCUUGAGACUGCUAAGGCAGAAGCUGUCAUCUAAAAUCGCACUUGACGAUGGUGUGGCACUCGCGACAGUGGUGGCGAUGCUGGUCUAUGAGAUGGCGACCGAGGACUGGACAUCAUAUGCGAUUCACUUAAAGUAUUUGAGGUUGGCUAUGCGCUCUCAUACAGAUGCUGAAGCCCUAAGAUGGCAAGGUUGGUUUGCAUAUUCAUAUUCGUGGGCUGAACUCCGUUGGGCGACUCACGAAGCCCGUGAAACGAAAGAGAAUAGGGCCGAAAUGGGCAUCAACUCAGAGCUCUAUUGCAAGACCAUCCCAAUUCCAGUGGACAACAACUUAUAUUUCUCAGAACUGCCGGAAGGUUUUCAGAAGAUCGCCAUGUCAGGCCUCCUAGGCCCAGAAGUCAGACAGUUUCUUGGAGAAAUGACAAAUUGGACGAAGCAUUGCCAAGCUCUCGGCCCAAGCUCUAGCGGCAUUGGGGAACUUAACUUACGUGGCUUUAGACUUGCAGAGAAAUGUGUUAGCAUCAUCAGCAUACGUAGCCUGAGGCAAGCGGAACGUCUUAUAUGUAUUGCAGCGACAGCAUAUAUUCUCUCCCUUCUUGAGGGACCUGCAGGCCAUUCCCGAGGGCUAGAGGAUCUAACCGCCAGUCUUGAUUUAUACAGUAUUGAGGUCCUUGAUGCAGAUUGUCGCCUCUGGGUUGCCAUGUCGGUGGCAACUGCCAAUGACACUUUCCCUGUGAGACUACCUAACCGAUGGAUCCUCUUGGAUCAAGUCUUGGAGCUGGAGAACACACGGCGUCAAUGGUCCCACGUGGUUCCGGUAUUUCGACUUUUCUGCUGGUAUGAAUGCCACGCAAACCGGUGGAGACAGUGUUGGGAUACAGCUCUACAGCGGAGAUUCAUCAGAUCGUAA